AUGUUUAAAGCUCUCCUUGUGUGGACGAAGCGAUUGGUUCUGAUAAUUUCAUGGAUACUGCAGACAAUUGUUGUUACCGGGUGUUCUAAAACAAGUUCAUUAGGUGUCUAUUUGCUACGCGUUUCCAACAAGUUUGGUGAUGCCAGUUUCGGGUUCGGAAACACAUGCGUUCGAGAAACGAAUGUAACUACUACAUGUACGAACACUGCCAAGCUGCUUCCUGGGUCACCUACGGUAGACUUGGUUAAUCUGAGAACUAAGUUUGUGAAUGAAAAGGUACACCCAUGGUUGGUAUACUUGUCAUAUGCUCUUUUGACUGGUUACUUUCUUUCAACCCUUUUAAAUUCUCUUCCUUUGCUGAAAAAUGUUAAUGUAUUUGUUCGUGUGAUGAUUCCGUUAGGUGUUUCGUCAACGAUAAUGAAUCUUAUUGCGCUGGCAUUUGUCAACAUAUCAGUGUGCUCAUUCGCACUGGCGUUUAACAACAACACAUCCUCCUCAAUCAAUAUUGAUGCCGGGCAACAUAUGUUGGGGAUGUUUUGGACGGCGUUAGUUCUCGUUUUUGUUGCUACGGUUGCAGACAGCAUUCUUCUGGCAACAGAAUCCAAAUCAUCAAAAUCUGAGACAAUCCCUGCGGCGGAAAAGCAAGGAACUUUCCGACGCCUUCCGUAA